UCUGGGACCUUUAAACGUGCGAUUGGACGGGAAAAUCAAGUCCGGCUCUCUCCCCCGGCCUGUUUGCGGUGUGUUCAUAUAUCCUUCCGCCGACGGGACUCAUUGACGUGUUCAUCCCAUGAGCGUCCUCUCCCUGCCUUUCCUCCCGUCGCGGGCCUCGCAAAGUGCCCCGUCAGACGUCCCGCUUCACCCUGUCAAACCUAGCACCCUGCUUUUGCCGCGGCGAGGCCGGUAAAGGGCGGGGUCACCGGAGGGGGCGCGGAAGGAGGCGGUGAUGCGACAGCAAGAUGGCGGCCGCGGAGACUGAGGGGGAGAAUCGACUCUGAGGGAAGAAAACAACAAUAACAAGGCAGAAUAAUCUGUUUCUCAGGAACCGGCUGAAGCCUUUACACCCAGGGUACAGGUUUAAUCAUCAUUACAGUCACAGGCCUGACUCACUCCACCAGUUCUGCAUUGUACCCGCACGGCCUAGUGUCCUGUGACGUUGAAGGAUAAUGCUGUGAUACGUGUCGACACCCUUCCCUCAGACUCCCCAGUUCAUGCUUUUUUUGUAGAAGGUGACGUACAGACAUGGAGUCUGAAGACUUUAUACCGCCCCCAGAAUGCCCUGUUUUUGAACCGACUUGGGCAGAGUUUGCGGACCCAUUGGGUUACAUUGCCAGAAUCAGGCCUAUUGCAGAAAAGUCUGGUAUAUGCAAAAUCCGGCCGCCGGUGGACUGGCAACCGCCGUUUGCAGUCGAGGUAGAUAACUUCCGUUUCACCCCUCGUAUUCAGAGGCUAAAUGAAUUGGAGGCCCAAACUAGGGUCAAGCUAAAUUACUUGGACCAAAUUGCCAAGUUCUGGGAAAUCCAGGGAUCGUCUCUGAAAAUUCCAAAUGUGGAGCGCAGGAUCCUGGACCUGUACAGCCUGAAUAAGCUUGUAAUAGAAGAAGGUGGAUAUGAACCGAUUUGCAGAGAGAGAAGAUGGUCUCGAGUGGCACAGCGCAUGGGGUAUCCCUCAGGGAAGAACAUUGGGUCACUGUUGCGAUCCCAUUAUGAACGCAUCAUAUACCCCUUUCACAUGUACCAGUCGGGAGCAAAUAUGGUGGAUUAUGGUGAAAGGCCACGUUAUGACAGUGAGGAGAAGGAUAAGGAGUACAAGCCUCAUAGUAUCCCGCUGCGGCAGUCUGUGCAGCCUUCCAAAAUCACCAGCUAUGGACGCCGAGCCAAGCGUUUGACGCAAGAGGAUCCUGACGGCUCAGAUCCUGCCUCUCAAAACUCCUCCCUGCCCCCUGAAACAUCGCCACCCUGGCCGGAACCCACUGAGGAGGACAUAGAGAAAAACCCAGAGUUAAAGAAGCUUCAAAUCUAUGGUGCCGGUCCGAAAAUGAUGGGACUUGGGCUGAUGGCAAAAGAUAAAAAUCUACGCAAGAAAGAGGGUGAUAUUCCAGAGUGCCCACCAACACUGGUAAUUAAGGAGGAGGUUGGCGUUGAUGUAAAAGUAGAGCCUGGAGAAGGGCACCAAUACAUAAAGCGGGAGAGGGCCCUGAGCCCUGAACCCUGCACCAAGAUGACCAUGAGGCUUCGCAGGAAUAAUAGUAACACCCAGUUUGUGGAUUCCUAUGUUUGUCGAAUCUGUUCUCGGGGGGAUGACGAUGACCGAUUGUUACUAUGUGACGGCUGUGAUGACAACUACCAUACAUUUUGCCUGCUGCCUCCUCUCCCAGAACCUCCAAAGGGUCUCUGGCACUGUCCCAAGUGUGUCAUGGCUGAAUGUAAAAGACCACCUGAGGCCUUUGGCUUUGAACAAGCAACACGAGAAUACACUCUGCAAAGCUUUGGAGAAAUGGCAGAUUCUUUUAAGGCAGAUUACUUCAACAUGCCAGUUCACAUGGUACCUACAGAGCUGGUGGAGAAAGAAUUCUGGCGCUUGGUGAACAGUAUAGAGGAGGACGUCACUGUACAGUAUGGUGCAGAUAUACACUCCAAGGAGUUCGGCAGUGGUUUCCCAAUGAUGGAUGGCAAGACAGAGUUGACUGCUGAGGAGAAGGUAAUUCAUGUCUCUCUUCCUCCAGCAUUUCUGGCUGAUCUGUAUGCCUCACCUUAUAUUGUGUCUCAUUCUCAGACAUAUGCUACCAGUGGCUGGAACUUAAAUGUACUGCCAGUUCUCGAGCAGUCCGUGCUGUGUCACAUCAAUGCAGACAUUUCUGGCAUGAAGGUGCCCUGGCUCUAUGUUGGUAUGGUGUUCUCUGCUUUCUGCUGGCACAUUGAGGAUCACUGGAGCUAUUCAAUCAACUACCUUCAUUGGGGUGAACCCAAGACCUGGUAUGGGGUGCCCUCAUCUGCUGCUGAAGAGCUUGAAGAGGUCAUGAAGAAAUUGACUCCAGAACUGUUUGAGAGCCAACCGGAUCUCCUGCAUCAGCUGGUCACUCUAAUGAACCCCAACACCCUAAUGGCGCAUGGAGUUCCGGUUGUCCGCACUAACCAGUGUGCUGGGGAGUUUGUCAUCACGUUUCCGAGGGCUUAUCAUAGUGGCUUCAACCAAGGUUACAACUUCGCGGAGGCAGUCAACUUCUGCACUGCCGACUGGCUCACAGCAGGAAGAAAAUGCAUUGAGCAUUACCGGAGGCUUCGACGGUACUGUGUCUUCUCACACGAGGAGCUUGUUUGCAAGAUGGCAGCAUGUCCUGAAAGACUGGACCUCACUUUGGCCGCUGCAGUGCACAAGGAGAUGUUCCUGCUGGUGCAGGAGGAGCGGAGACUACGUAAAGCACUGUUUGAGAGGGGAGUCACAGAGGCAGAAAGGGAAGCGUUCGAAUUGCUCCCCGAUGAUGAAAGACAAUGCCAGAAGUGCAAGACGACAUGCUUUCUGUCUGCUUUGGCGUGCUACGACUGCCCUCAAGGUCUAGUAUGUCUCUCUCACAUCGAGGACUUGUGCCAGUGCCCGCCAGCUCGUCAGUAUCUCAGGUAUCGCUACACCCUGGACGAGCUCCCAGCCACGUUACACAAGUUGAAAAUUCGGGCUGAAUCCUUUGAUACGUGGGCAAAUAAAGUGCGUCGGGUCCUGGAGUGCCAGGAUGGGGUCAAAAAAGAGCUGGAGCAGCUGCGAGUCCUGGAGGAGGAGGCCUUGGAGAAGAGAUUUUCUGAGAAUGGUUUGCUACAUGAACUGAAGAGCACCAUUAAGGAGGCGGAAUUGUGUAUUAGAGAGGCACAGAAACUACAAAGUGACCUCCGGUCUUCACGGAACAGUGCUACAGUUGUGUCUCUGGAAAAUUUGCAGAAGCUUGUACAACGUAUCCAAGCUCUUCCAUGUGUCAUGAAUCAACUGUCCUCACUACAGGAACUUCAGGAACAGGCGGAAUCCUUGCAGGAGGAGGCCAAGAAGUGCUUGCAAUCUCUUCCAGACAAAGCGUCCCAGAUGCAGGACAUGUUGGAUCAGUGCCAAGCUCUGGGAGUGCGGCUGCCCGAAGCUGAACAGCUGGAGCGGCAGUUGCGCCAGGGGGAGUGGUUAUCUCGGGUACGGGCAGCCCUGGUUGCUGGUCGGUCAGGCACGCUCCAAGAGAUGCGCUCGCUGUUACAGGAGGCUGGCGAAGUGGCGGAGAGCCCUGCGGUGGAGAAAGCUCGUAGUGAGCUGCAGGAGCUGAUCUCUAUUGCUGUGCGCUGGGAAGAGAAGGCUCAAAUGUGUUUAGAAGCCAGGCAGAAACAUCCUCCUGCAACACUAGAGGCCAUCAUUAAGGAAGCGGAGAACAUCCCUGUGCAGCUGCCUAAUACUCUAAGCUUGAAGGAGGCGCUCUGCAAAGCCCGGGCCUGGAGUGCUGAUGUGGAUGAGAUACAGAGUGGAGAUCACUACCCCUGCCUCGAUGACUUAGAGGGGUUGGUCGCUGUGGGCCGUGACCUUCCUGUCAAAAUGGGCGAGCUGCAUCAGCUGGAGGUCCAAGUGGCUGCAGCUCAUUCCUGGCGGGACAAAGCAACAAAGACUUUCCUCAAGAAGAGCUCCUCCUACACCCUUCUGGAGGUGCUGUGUCCGAGUGCAGAUGUAUCUUCUGGUACUGGGAAGAGGUCCAAGCUGAAGCAUGAGAAGGAACAUGGCCUUUAUCAGUCAGAUAUAGAGAGCCUAGGACUGUCUGCCCACGACCUGCGGGACCCGGGCUGCAUAGUUCUAGCGUUUAAAGAAGGGGAACAGAAGGAGAAGGCUGGUAUUCUGCGGCUGCGAGCAAUGAAUUCCUCACUGGAGCGGGAUUGUGUCUGUGUGUGUGGCGAGCCUCCAGGAGAGCUUAUGCUUCGUUGUGAGCUUUGCCAGGACUUGUUUCAUGGGCUUUGUGUCCCCGGGCCCAGACUUUCCUCUCAUCGUGGGACACAUUCCUCCCCAUCUCUGGCCUGGUGGGAAUGGGACAGUCGCUUCUUGUGUCCACUUUGUGUGCGGUCACGGCGACCACGGCUACAGACUAUUCUCUCUCUCUUGGUUGCUCUUCAGAAAUUGCCUGUGCGCUUACCGGAAGGAGAGGCUCUACAAUGUUUAACAGAGCGUGCAAUGAGCUGGCAGGAUCGAGCUCGCAGGGUCCUGGCAACACCAGAAAUUUCCAGUGCUGCUGCCAACCUUGUAGAGAGGAGACAGCGAGUACAGCAUUGUAAAGACCCGCAGGCACUAAGGGAGACGACCCGCAAUGAGCAGAACCCUGUCUCCCAUGAGAAUGGAGACUCCCACUCAGAGAAUGGCACCUUUGCUAUGCCAGAUCUAGAUGCCCUGGCUGUCCUGCUCCCUCGUAUUGAAAAGAAGCAGAUUCUGGAGAUAUCUAUCGGGUCGCGAGCUCUGCUUGAGGACCUCAUGUUGGAAGGGGAUCUGCUGGAAGUAACACUUGAAGAGGAACUGAGUAUUUGGAGGCUGCUACAGGCAUCGCAAACGCCGUGUGUGGAGAGGCUGCGGACACUGAUCGAGAUUGAACGUUGUGAGCGGAGAGCCAAUCGCCUGAAGGGCAAAGACAAUGAUAAAAGAAAGAAGAGGAGGAGUGAAAGGGCUGAAGGGGAAUAUUCUCCACCAACGCUCCCGAAGGAGGAGCUGGGACCAAAGAGAAGUCGCAGUGACCGCUUACAGGACACGACGACGGACAAGGAGAGUCUGAGAAAAGUGGGUGCUGAAAGUAACCAGAAUGGUGAGAAGCGCUUGUGACAUUCAGCCUCCUCUGACACUAUGGAACUGAGACAGUGACACUCCCCACUGGACACGCUCAAAGUUAUACCUCGCUGAGGAAUGGUAAGAGGCGGCCGUUGGGGUGCAGCGACCUAGAAACCCCUCCACUCUACCUCUUACGCAGCAUUCUCUGUUCUGUACUCCCUCCUCUCCUGGUUGGAGGCGAGAACUUCUUUCUGGGGACACCUAGUGGAAGCUGGUGCUACUGCCGUGUGACGCGACAUAACCCUGCUGACGGAUGCAAAGACCCUAGGAGACUUAGAGGACUAAAAGAUCUCCCUCAUCUCGCUGACAUCAAGCAAUUAGUUCCAGGUGGUGACCAGAUGUAAAUCCUUACAAGUUUACUCUAUGGCCCCUGCAGGAUAACGGAGCCCCAGCAAGCACGUGGAGUUCACAUCCCUUGUAUGCCACAUGGGACUGAAGCUACGCUUGUGACCAAUACCAGCAUCUGGUAUCGCACUGGGCGAGGGGUUGUUUUUUUGUUUGUUUUUUUCACAAAGGAAACUGUAACAGUGGUUUGGGGGGGAGGGGGGGGGGGGGCACACCUUUUUAUUUAUUCCCUUCUCCUUGUGGUUUAUAGUUUCACUAACUGCCCAGCUACCCUCCUGCUCUCCCUCCCCCGUAGUACAGGAUCCAUGGGGGCGCUCUGCACUUCCCACCCUGUAAACCAUGUUCACUUUGUUAAGGACACUUUGUUUAAAAAAAAAAAAAAAAAUGAAGAAAAAAAAACCCACAGAAAUUGUUUCUAAAAAAAAAAAAAAAUGUAAAAGAACAAAAAAAAUUGACCCUGAAAAUCUCCACUCUGGAGCGUUAUCUUUUCUGACAUGUAGAAAUAAAGGUAGAGGUUUUUGGACGGUGUCUCUCGGUUUGCAUUGGAAGGCAAACUUCCCGCUGUGUUAUACCUCAGUAUUUCAGAUGUUUAUUUUACAUAAAUUAUGCUAAGCAUGACCACAUGACCUCCGAGACUAUGGUUCCUGCUCACGGGGAUUUUUUUUUUUUUUUUUUUUUUUUGGGGGGUGGGGUUUAUCUGUAGGAAAGUUUAACUUAUUACCUUUCUUUACCUGGAACUAUUUCUUAGUGUAUGAAGUCUGUACAAUAUUUCUUAGAGAAUACUUUGAUUUUCCCACUAUUUCAAUAAUACAUAAAGUUCUUUGACAAUCACUGUGGCCUCUGCCUUGGUCAGUGGUGGGAAUAGCAGUUUACAUGGCCGCUACAGGUAUGGUUCUCAUUUCCCCCUUUAGGUGACUAAUAGGAAGGUCUGUUCUCGCCCACUUGAAUUAAACUUCUGCCUCCACUGUUUUGAAAAAUGGCAACUGUGCUUUGUACGUUACCCCUGUUCUGCUUAAUGUACUUAUGCUGUUGCUUAGGGGGAUAGAACUGCAAUACUUUUACAUUGAUGAUAUAAGGGCAUUGAUUAAAACCAAGAAGAAAACUAGAGGUAUAAAGACCUAUAUUAAUGUAAAAUCUUUUGGAGUGAGCAAACCAGCAAUAUUAAAGUCACCUGAAGGUGGAAAUCCC